UACACACAACACUAGUUACAAUCGAAACCGACAAGGUUCCAUCUAGAUUUGGGUUUCUUUGAAACCAACCUUUUCUUAUAUGCUCCAAAUCUACUUGACUUCCACAUGCUACUCUUCAAAUCUCACUCAUUCAGUGAUUUUCUCUGAACUUUGAGAAGAGGAAGAAGCAAAAUGGGUUCAGUUUCUCUGAAAAUUGGUGAUGGAACAGCUAGAUUCAAAAGAGCAUCACUGUGUUCUUCAGCUGUUAACAUUCUCAUGAUUUUCUGUGUCAUCACAACCAAUCUCUUUGCUCUUUAUGCAUUCACUUCUUCUCCGAAAAACAACAACAACAAUCUUCUUCACCAUGUUCACAAAAACAUCUCUCUUGUCUCAGAACAAGUCUCACUCAUUCUAAGAGAGAUCGAUUUGUCUCAAAAGAAACUAGCCCAGAUGGAGAAAGAGAUUCUUGGUUACGAAAGUAUCGAUCUUUCAAGACCCAACAUUGCAAAUGAGUUAAAAAUCUUUCUUUUACGCCACCAACUACCACUAUGGAAAGAUUCAAGAACUGGGAUCACUGAAAUGGUUGCAUCUGUUGGUCAUUCAUGUGAUAAAGCUUCUGACUUGUUGUCUCAGUUUAUGAGUUACAAGGUUUCUGGAAAUUGUCCUGAUGAUUGGAGUUUGGCUCAGAAAUUGAUCUUGAAAGGGUGUGAGCCUUUACCUAGAAGAAGGUGUUUUGCUAAAACUGUUCCAAAGGUUGGUCUUUUUCCUUUUCCUAUUUCUCUUUGGAAAAGUGUUGGUAAUAAUAAUAAGAGUGUUAAUUGGAGUGGUUUAAAUUGUAAGAGUUUUGAAUGUUUGAAAGGUAAGAAAUUGAGUAGAGAUUGCAUUGGUUGUUUUGAUUUGGUUAGUGGUUAUGAGAAUUUGAGAUUUGUUAAAGCAAAAAGUAAAAAUGAUUUUUUGGUUGAUGAUGUUUUAGCAUUAGGUGGAAGUGGUGGAAUUAGAAUAGGGUUUGAUAUUGGUGGUGGUUCUGGAUCUUUUGCUGCUAGAAUGGCUGAGAAAAAUGUUACUGUGAUUACCAAUAGUCUCAAUGUUGAUGCACCAUUUAGUGAAUUCAUUGCAGCAAGAGGGCUUUUUCCAAUUUACUUAAGCUUAGAUCAUAGGUUUCCAUUUUAUGACAAUGUGUUUGAUUUGAUUCAUGCUUCAAGUGCAUUGGAUGUUGGAGGAAAGCCUGAAAAGUUGGAGUUUUUAAUGUUUGACAUCGACCGAGUUUUGCGGGCAGGCGGUUUGUUUUGGCUUGAUAACUUCUUUUGUGCUAGUGAAGAGAAGAAACAAACUUUAACAAGGUUGAUUGAAAGGUUUGGAUAUAAGAAGUUGAAAUGGGUUGUCGGGGAGAAGGUUGAUAGUGUUGGGUCGGGAAAAUCAGAAGUCGUGUUGUCGGCUGUUCUUCAGAAACCUGUUAGAGGUUAAAGGUUUUUAGGCGCUUAUACAACAAAUAGCAACAAGUGAGUGAAUAAUCUUGAUUCUGCUAUAUCUCUUUCGCGCCUAAUUUGUGCGAAUGAAUAAUUUUCGAUAUCAUCAAAUCCUAUAAGAAUUGUUGCCUUGCCAAUUGUAGACCAACAUUUUGAGGUGACAUAUAUGAUUCCUGUAUUUUAAGUUAUGUUCUUUAUCUUGUUCUUCUGUAUUUCUGUACUAGAUGUGUUUAGUAGUUGAUAAAUUGUUAGAAAAUGGAAAACAAUAAUAAUGAAUUACAUUUUUUAUGUUUCUGCU